AUGGGAUCUUCCGACAAAGGACUGAAUUGCACCCCGAAUUGGGAAUUUGAACCUAAUGGGGACAUCGUUGGAAUUGGAGUUCUUGUGGCGUUCUUUGCUACAGCUGCGGCCACCGUGGGUGCAAUCCUUUUUGGCUACUUCACCGAGUCAUUCCCCGACUCGUACUUCAACGACCUGGAUCGAUAUGUAAUUAAGCACUACAAAAAGUCGACUGUCUCCCGAUUGAUCUCGUGGCUCCUUACAGGGUUGGGUGCCCUCAAGGAUGGACUAAAAUCAUGCUUGGGAUUCAAAGUGGAGCCUCCUCGCAGCUUACCUCGACAGAAACGGCAAGAAGCAUUGUCUCGAUUCAUUCUCACAUUGAGUGACCAGCAACUGGUGACUGGACUUGCAACUAUGGUUGGCGUUGUUGCAAAUCAACGAAUUCUUUCUUUAUACGAGUUUUCCGUUGCGCUGAGUCUGGCUUGGUUCUCUUCCACAACUCAUCUCGCAACGCUGGAUGCCCUGGCACAAUACUUCCGGGAACAUGGAACUGUCAGAAACUGGCGGGUGGGUGGCAUGUUGAGCCUCUUGAGCCUUUUGAGUUACUGUCUCUUCCUGGAGAUGUAUGCCCAGACGGUACUGGAGUUACCGGUUCCUAUCCAGUGUUCCUUCACACAAAAGGCAAAUUCACCAGCAUACGUAUACCAGAGUGCUAUCUACAUUAUGUCAAUAGUCUCGACUGCCCUGACUUUCUACGUACUUUGGGGUGGUUAUAUACUUCGGAUUGGGAAAUUGUACGAUAGCACUCUGGCUGAAAAGGCAAUCAUUUCCUACGCACAACUCUUGCUUCCGAAAUCGUUCAUGCUCAAGAAUGGGAUCCGACGCGACCAUUCCGAGGUAGUCGCCGAACUGAGGUCCUCAAAACGGUUAGACUCUCUCCAGCGAAUUAUGAAAGCAACAAAAAAAUCAAAAUGGCACGCAAAGUUACUUAGCAGCUCAUAUCAAUACAACACUUCUUUCCUUUCAUCUAUGUCAGGCAUAGCUUUCAGCUUUUCGUACGGAAUCAGUCAGGUAGUUGCAUAUCGAUGGCUUAAUGAAGGUGUAUCUAUUGGUAUUCCAUCUACCAUCGACUUUGGCCAAAUCACGCCAAUUUUUCUUCUUGUACUUCCAAUUCUCGUUGCCGCUGAGAUAUAUUACGAAUCAAUUGGUGAUACGGGAGCACCGCCAGAUGUCGUUACACCUUCAGCCAUUACAAAUGAAGCUCAAAAAUACGAGGACCUUAUUCCUGCUAUGAAGGAAUACCUGUACAGGGAAAUCGAAGAAAUACGGCGACAAGAGGCUUCAGCAACCACAGCACCAGAACUUGCCAGCGUUGUUCUACGGAAAAGGCAACUCCUAUCGGACUUCGAGCAGUUCCGAGCAUUCGAGGAAAAUCUUGAUCGUUCUUUUGCUGUGAUAAGAGUGACCUUCGAGCUCUUCACAUCCACGCUAUUAGGUGUUACACUCAACGUCAACUCCGUAGAAGCAAAUGUAGUUGCCUAUCUGUUCUUUUUCGUUUGGUGUUCAAUUCCGAUUGUAGGAACAUACUACAACAUGGUACGAUAUCGCACGGAAAUAAAGAAGGUCAUCUCGUAUCAAGCUGCAGAAGAAGGCGGUGGAGCUGUUGCAGCCGAGAAAGAAGUUGGGGAUGAUAAGAAAUAA